GCGCGCCAUGCCGGCAGCCGCUUCUCCUGCUCUGGCCUGUCCGCGGCGACCAUGGCCGCUCGCCUGCUGCGAGGACUUUCCGCUUUACAGAGUCUCCCGCGAGCGGGGCAGGGGGCUGCCCGCAGCGGCGCCUGGCUUGGCUCCCGGGCAGCUCACAGCGACAGCUCUGAUAAAGAUGUGGGCUCUCUGACAAGAUACGAUGAAUCAGCCGUUACCACUGACUGGCAAAAGAAAUUGACUCCGGAGCAGUUUUAUGUCACCAGGGAAAAAGGAACUGAAUUGCCUUUUAGUGGAAUCCAUCUGACUAAUACAGAGCCUGGGAUGUACCAUUGUGUAUGCUGCAACACCCCGCUGUUCAGCUCAGAAGCCAAAUACGAUUCUGGCACAGGGUGGCCAUCCUUUUCAGAAGCUUAUGGGACCUCUGGAACAGAUGAAAGCAAAACUAAUAUCUUGAGACGGCCUGAUAACUCAUCCGGAACAAGGCGCACCGAAGUCAUCUGCAAACAGUGUGAUGCCCAUCUGGGCCAUGUGUUCAGUGAUGGUCCCAAGCCAUCUGGGCAGAGGUUCUGCAUCAACAGUGUUUCGUUAACAUUUAAGCCAAGUUCAAGCCAGUGAGACUCGCUUCUUCACAACCUAUGUGUUGAUGGUGCUUUGAUACUCAGCUCUCUCUUGCUACAGGGAGCUUCCUGGAAAUCACAUUGGAAACUAGAUGGCUGUAACUAAUGAGUCUAUUCUGUGUUUAUAUAGAGAGGAUAAGUACCUAGUAUGCCUGUGGCCAGGGCCAACACAUUGAUGAGACGUGUGCUGUACCUACUGUGUGGUGGAAUAGUACCAUGUAGCCGGCCAGAUCUGCAUCUCUCUGUGCAUUCUUCAUAUGUAAGCAGAGCUCUUUACAUGUAGAUUAUGCCAUUAGAUCAAGCACAAACAGGAGAUCAUGCAUAAAGCAUCCAUCUGUAGGCUUAUCAGUCCAUUCAUAGGUUUUUUUAGUUGAUUCCUUUCCUGGUUGCUGGUCGGUACAGUAAUCAAGUACAUGAAAAUGUGUGUGCAGAUUUCCAGAACUUGAAUAUAUUGUGUGUCUCUUAAAUGCAACUUAGCUUUAAGAAAUAAAAUAACCACUCAAUAUUA